UUGCAGAUCUCUGGUGUUGGAUCGCCGCACAAUUCCAUCUCAGUCUCGUUUGGGAACUUCAGCUCGCAUCAACAUGACAGCUGCGAAAUUGAUAUUUGUUACUGCUUUGGUGGCUGUUAUGGCAGCCAGCUGCUCUGCUGGUUUCCUUGACUAUAUUUUCCCCACCAUCAUGACGGAAUAUUACAACCAGGUGCCCACCAAGGAGGGUUACCGCUUUGACUUGAAGGAUCCUAAUGGUAGUUCCCGCGAGGAAAUUGGUGUUAUUAUGAAUCCGGGCACACCCGAGGAGCAGCUGGUUGUUAUGGGUACCUACUCCACCUACGAUGAGAAAACAGAUACAGAUACUAUUACCAUGUAUACUGCCGAUAAGGAUGGUUACAAGACUCGCUAUCAGAUCAAGAAUCGCAAACUGAGCCCCGGCGCACUGAAAUCUGCCGCAGGCUAAGAAAUUGUAAUUUUUAGAAUAUUUAGUAAAAAAACAACAAAGUGAUAAUAACAGAGUAAAAUAUAUAUGUA